AUGGACAGUUUACCUCUGAGCCGUUUGUUCCCUAAUUUUCUGAGAAAUACGAAAAUUAUUGUUCCUCUUUUGUUGCAGAUAUUAAACGUAACCGAACAGGAAUUUUUUGACGGAAUGGGGGUUUUCUUUGUCAGCUUCGUAGCUCAGUAUGGAUACGAUCGCGUUUUGUCGGUGCUUGGACGACAUAUGAGGGAUUUUUUGAAUGGACUAGAUAAUUUACAUGAAUAUUUAAAAUUUUCCUACCCGAAAAUGCAGGCGCCCAGUUUUAUAUGCGAAAACGAAAGUAGGAAAGGUCUAACUUUACAUUAUAGAAGUAAACGGAGAGGAUUCGUUUACUACACAAUGGGUCAAAUUAGAGAAGUAGCGAAGCACUUUUAUCACAAGGAGAUGAAAAUCAUAUUAGUAAAGGAGGAAAUUCUUUUUGAUAUGGUGCACGUUACGUUUAAUUGUGUGUUUGAUAACCGAGCUUUUUGUUUAGCAUCGUUAGUGAUGACACGAGAGGAGAAGCACCUUCCGGUUAGCGCAGUGGCUCUCUUUGAAAUUUUUCCAUUUUGUAUGGUAUUUAGGUAAGUAAAUGUUUGUUUAUGAAUAUUUAUGUAAGAGCUGCGAGUUUUAUGAUAGCAGUUCAAGACCAGAUCACUCC